AUGGGAGAUGCUGCAAAACCCUUCUUUGCCAAGCAGAAUAAGGAACAAGAAACUUUGUAUCAACAGGAGCAAAAAGGAAGACCCUUGCAGAAAGACGGCCAAGUCAUGGAUGAAUAUGGAAGUGGCUACAGCUAUAAAACAGAUACCAGUCUGCAAAAGAAAAAGGGAAUGCUGGGUCAUUACGGAAGCAGUCCUAGGCGAGGGCCUCGUGGUGUGUUCAGUAGUCCAAAUUCAUUUAAAAGCACAACUUACAGUCCCGGAUCAAAGUUAAAUGAUAUUCAGAGAGACCAAAUGAAGAAGCGGUCAUCUGAUGACCACCAUGGUACUUCUGACAGCUGGAGAGAGUACAGGUCUGUUGCCUGGAGUACUGUGCACAGCAGGACAAGGAAGGACUCUUUUCAUGAGGUUGAAGGGUCUGGAAACAGAAAUGUAAGACGACAGCUUCAGGAAGACUUAAUGAGUGAAGAUAUGCUAGACAUGCAGAAAGGAAGAUCUGAAAUGAAGAACCUUAGGAAACCAAGAAGAUUGAGAAGAACUAGAAAAGAUGAGUAUGAUCAAGAUGAAUUGGAUGGUCCAGUGAUAGAUGAAUCUGUGCUGUCAGCAAAAGAACUUCUAGGGUUGCAGCAAGCUGAAGAACGCCUGAAACAAGACUGCGUUUAUAGACUGAAAAAGCAACCUCGAAACUGCCCGUCAGCAAAAUAUACCUGCAAAUUGUGUGAUGUUUUGAUUGAGUCGGUGGCUUUUGCUCAUAAGCAUAUUAAAGAGAAAAGACACAAGAAAAGCCUAAAGGAGAAGCAAGAAGAACAGCUGCUGACUGCCCUGCCUCCUCCAAUACCUGCCCAGAUACAAGCUAUUGGUUUUGCUAUUGAAAACGUAGUGCAGGAGUUUGGCUUAAGUAAUGAAGACCUAGAAGAAAGACUCAACAUUGUAACAGUGAUGGAAAACUUACUGCGUCAAAAAGUGCCAGAGUGCUCGUUAAGAUUGUAUGGCUCCUCCCACAGCAGAUUUGGUUUCAAAACUUCAGACAUAAACAUAGAUAUUCAGUUUCCUGAUGAUAUGACUCAACCAGAUGUUCUCUUACAUGUGCAAGAAAGUCUCCAGAACAGUGAAUCUUUUACGGAAGUUGAUGCAGAUUUCCAUGCUAGAAUACCACUGGUGGUGUGCAGAGAAAAGCAAAGUGGCCUUAUUUGUAUAGUGAGUGCAGGGAAUGAGAAUGCUUGUCUGACAACAAACCAUUUGGCUACACUUGGAAAACUGGAACCUACAGUAGUACCUUUAGUGAUCGCCUUCAGGUACUGGGCAAAGUUGUGCUGUAUUGAUCGUCCUGAAGAGGGAGGCUUGUCACCUUAUGUCUUCGCUUUAAUGGUUAUUUUCUUUCUACAACAGAGAAAAGAGCCUUUCCUACCUGUCUACUUGGGAUCGUGGAUUGGAGGAUUCUCAGUAAGCAAAUUAACUAAUUUUCAUCUGAAGGAAGUCGAGAAUGAUGCUGUGGUUUGGGAGUAUAACCCCAGUGAUGAUUCUGAUUUGCCAGAAGAAGCUUCCCCUAGAAGGGGCAAGGUUCCCUUAGUAUUUGACUCAGGACAGGAGCGUUCAGUACCUGUUGGUCAGCUGUGGGUAGAACUGCUUCGUUUCUACGCCUUGGAGUUCAACAUGGCUGAUCUUGUUAUUAGCAUACGACUCAAGGAAACGGUGUCUCGUGAGUCAAAGGACUGGCCCAAAAAGCGCAUUGCUGUGGAAGACCCAUAUUCAGUCAAAAGGAAUGUGGCAAGAACUCUGAACAGCCAGCUAGUGUAUGAGUAUAUUCUUCACUGUCUGAGAGCAACUUACAAGUAUUUUGCCUUGCCUCACAAAAAAAGUGCAAAACAGAGCAAAAAAUGCUCACCAAAUGACAGUGAAGAGAAAUCUCAAAUGCUGGAACAUGGAAAAGAUGCUAUAAAGUGUGAAGAUUACGAGUUGCAAAACUUGGAUGGUAGAACAAACACAACAGUGGUGGAAGAUUGUGUAAUGGAGACUACAGGUGCAGGCCAGGUACAUAGACUUAAUCCUGCAAAACUGUGUGAUGGCUUGGAAGGCUUCACAGAAGACCUGGCUGAUGUCAGUCAUUUGGGAAUUGCCCAUGAAGAUUCAGACUGUAUAGUUGAGGAAAUUAUCUCUGAAGAUAAUGAGAAUUUUAAACCAAGUUGUGAAGAGACAGAGAGUGGAAACGAAGGGGAAGAAGAAGAGGAAGAGGAAGAACAUGAAAAACAAAGAGGAAGGUGGAACAAUAUCUCAGCUACUGAGCAGGGAAUAGAUGAAGACAGUGAUAGUGGGGAUCUCCCUGUUUCAGUGAAUGAGCAUGAUAUAGAGACAUGUAGUACUUCUGACCUAGAAGGUUUUCAAAAUGCUGCACUUACAGAGAGUGAUGACUUUGCCUUAGAGUGCAGUGUUACUGUGGAUGACAAGAUUGACAUCGAUGAGGAGAGUACUGAAGGUACUGAUGAACUGGAUGACUCCCCCCAAAAAUUCAUACGUACAGCACAAAGUCACAUAUCCCAAAUGAUUAACUGGGAUGAGGAGGAGGAAGAGGAGGAAGGACAAAGUCUUCUAAACCAGAGAGAGUCUGGUGUUCUCGUAAGAGCUGGAGAUGAACUAGAUAACACAUACACUGGAUCUGGAGAUGACGAUGCACUGUCAGAGGAUGGUUUUUCCAUCCCAAAUAAAUACGAAAACAAACAUUUUGAAGAAAAUGCGGAUGAAACUCUGAGGACCAAUUUGAGCAUGGAGGAUCUUACUGAGAAGGGAAACCUUUUUGAAGAGAAUAAAGCAGUAGAACAGUGUUUAGAAUCUGAACUUUUCUAUGAAUUCAGUAAACUAGCUUUUACAAAAGGCAAGUCUCCUACAGUAGUAUGUAGCUUGUGCAAACGGGAAGGUCACUUGAAGAGGGAUUGUCCAGAAGACUUCAAGAAAAUUGAGCUUGACCCACUGCCAGUGCUGACACCCAAAUUUUCAGUUAUUCUAGAUCAAGUUUGUGUCCAAUGUUACUGUGAUUUUGCUCCAAGUAUUGUAGAGGAUCAGGCUCGGGAAGAUAUAAGACAAAACUUGGAAAAUUUCAUUAGACAGGAUUUCCCAGGAACCAAACUGAAGUUGUUUGGCUCUUCAAAAAAUGGCUUUGGCUUCAAACAAAGUGACCUUGAUAUCUGUAUGACAAUAGAUGGGCUGGAAACUGCUGAGGGGCUUGAUUGCAUAAGAAUCAUUGAAGAUUUAGCAAAAGUUCUCAAGAAACAGUCAGGUUUAAGAAAUGUCUUGCCUAUAACAACUGCUAAAGUCCCAAUAGUCAAAUUUUUCCAUGUCAGAAGUGGUCUCGAGGUAGACAUCAGUUUAUAUAAUACUCUGGCCUUGCAUAACACAAGACUCCUGUCAUCAUAUGCAGCCAUUGAUCCUAGAGUAAAAUAUCUGUGUUACACAAUGAAAGUCUUUACAAAAAUAUGUGACAUUGGAGAUGCAUCUCGAGGUAGCCUUUCUUCUUAUGCAUAUACUCUUAUGGUGCUUUAUUUUCUUCAACAGAGAAAUCCACCUGUCAUCCCUGUUCUUCAAGAGAUCUACAAAGAAGCAAAAAAGCCUGAAAUUUUAGUUGAUGGAUGGAAUGUUUAUUUCUUUGAUAAGAUAGAGGAGUUGCCAGUUGUUUGGCCAGAAUGUGGCAAAAACACUGAAUCUGUUGGGCAGCUGUGGCUGGGACUUCUCCGUUUCUACACAGAAGAAUUUGAUUUUAAAGAGCAUGUCAUUUGCAUUAGGAGAAAAAAUCUGCUUACAACUUUCAAGAAGCAGUGGACUGCCAAAUACAUUGUAAUUGAAGACCCUUUUGAUUUGAACCACAAUCUUGGAUCUGGAUUGUCCAGAAAAAUGACAAAUUUUAUAAUGAAGGCUUUUAUCAAUGGCAGGAGGGUAUUUGGUACCCCUGUAAAAAUAUUUCCAAAAGAAUAUCCAUCAAAAAUGGAGUACUUUUUUGAUCCAGAGGUACUAACAGAAGGAGAAUUGGCACCAAAUGAUAGAUGCUGCAGAAUUUGUGGUAAAAUUGGCCAUUUCAUGAAAGAUUGUCCCAUGAGAAGAAAACUAAGACGGCGCCGUGAUUAUGAAGAUACCAGAAACCAGAGGUACACAGAAAGCAAGGAGAAAAGAAGCAACGAGGACAAAGAAAUUCAGAAUAAAACAAUGGAGAAGGAGAGCUCAGUCAAGGAGGGAAAGUUGCACUUAAGUACAGUUUUAAAGAGGAAAACAGCAAGGGUUGUAGUGGAAGCUGCCAGAGAAAAGACUCCCAGGCAAUCAGCAGAGAAGUGGAAGCGCCUGGAAGACAGAGACUUAAGAGAAAAACGUUGUUUUAUCUGUGGAAGAGAAGGUCAUAUUAAAAAGGAAUGUCCACAGUAUAAAGGAGCCACAG